AGUUUCGAUUUCCUAUGGCCAGCCGGCUAGGCAGCUUUUUCAUCGGGACUCCUUGGAAAGUCCCCACUUCGUUCAUCUCUGGCGGAUUUGCGGGAGCCAGGGCGCUCAUCGAUCGCCUGGAGCCACAGAAUGACAGCGGAGCAGCGGCAGAAUCUGCAAGCAUUCAGAGACUAUAUCAAGAAGAUUCUGGACCCCACCUACAUCCUCAGCUACAUGAGUUCCUGGCUCGAGGAUGAGGAGGUGCAGUACAUUCAGGCUGAGAAGAACAACAAGGGCCCAAUGGAAGCUGCCUCACUCUUCCUCCAGUACCUGUUGAAGCUGCAGUCAGAGGGCUGGUUCCAGGCCUUUUUGGAUGCCCUGUACCAUGCAGGUUACUGUGGACUUUGUGAAGCCAUCGAAAGUUGGGACUUUCAAAAAAUUGAAAAGUUAGAGGAACACAGAUUACUUUUAAGACGUUUAGAACCAGAAUUUAAGGCCACAGUUGAUCCAAAUGAUAUCCUUUCUGAACUAUCCGAAUGUUUGAUUAAUCAGGAAUGUGAAGAAAUCAGACAGAUCCGAGACACUAAAGGGAGAAUGGCAGGUGCGGAGAAGAUGGCCGAAUGUCUUAUCAGAUCCGACAAGGAAAACUGGCCAAAGGUCUUGCAACUUGCUUUGGAGAAAGACAACAGCAAGUUUAGUGAAUUGUGGAUUGUUGAUAAAGGUUUCAAAAGGGCUGAAAGCAAGGCUGAUGAGGAUGAUGGAGCGGAGGCGUCCAGCAUCCAGAUUUUCAUUCAGGAAGAGCCAGAGUGUCAGAAUCUCAGUCAGAAUCCCGGGCCUCCUUCAGAAGCGUCUUCUAAUAAUUUACACAGCCCAUUGAAACCAAGAAAUUACCAACUGGAGCUUGCCCUGCCUGCCAAGAAAGGGAAAAAUACAAUAAUAUGUGCCCCUACUGGUUGUGGAAAAACCUUUGUGUCGCUUCUUAUAUGUGAACACCAUCUUAAAAAAUUCCCAUGUGGACAAAAAGGGAAAGUGGUCUUCUUCGCUAACCAAAUUCCUGUCUAUGAGCAGCAGGCAACUGUGUUCUCACGAUAUUUUGAAAGACUUGGGUACAACAUUGCGAGCAUUUCUGGGGCAACAUCUGAUAGCGUCUCAGUGCAGCACAUCAUUGAAGACAAUGAUAUCAUCAUCCUGACACCCCAGAUUCUUGUGAACAAUCUCAACAACGGAGCCAUCCCCUCGUUGUCUGUCUUCACUCUGAUGAUAUUUGAUGAGUGUCAUAACACUAGCAAAAACCACCCAUACAAUCAGAUCAUGUUCAGAUACCUAGACCACAAACUUGGAGAGUCACGGGACCCACUGCCUCAGGUCGUUGGGCUGACUGCCUCCGUCGGCGUUGGAGAUGCUAAGACCGCGGAGGAAGCCAUGCAACAUAUCUGUAAACUCUGUGCCGCCCUGGAUGCCUCCGUGAUUGCCACAGUCAGAGACAACGUUGCAGAACUGGAACAGGUCGUUUAUAAGCCCCAGAAAAUUUCCAGGAAAGUGGCAUCCCGGACUUCGAACACGUUUAAAUGCAUCAUCUCUCAGCUGAUGAAGGAGACAGAGAAGCUAGCCAAGGAUGUCUCCGAGGAACUUGGAAAGCUUUUUCAAAUUCAAAACAGAGAAUUCGGCACCCAGAAAUAUGAACAGUGGAUUGUCGGCGUCCACAAAGCGUGCUCAGUGUUUCAGAUGGCAGACAAAGAGGAGGAGAGCCGGGUCUGCAAAGCGCUCUUCCUGUACACAUCACAUUUGCGGAAAUACAACGAUGCACUCAUCAUCAGUGAGGAUGCACAGAUGACAGACGCUCUAAAUUACCUCAAAGCCUUCUUCCACGAUGUCCGAGAAGCAGCAUUCGAUGAGACCGAGCGAGAGCUUACUCGGAGGUUUGAAGAAAAACUAGAGGAAUUAGAAAAAGUUUCCAGGGAUCCCAGCAAUGAGAAUCCUAAACUAAGAGACCUCUACUUGGUCUUACAAGAAGAGUACCACUUAAAGCCAGAGACCAAGACCAUUCUCUUCGUGAAGACCAGAGCACUCGUGGAUGCUCUGAAGAAAUGGAUUGAAGAAAAUCCUGCACUAAGCUUUCUAAAGCCUGGCAUACUGACUGGGCGUGGCAGAACAAACCGGGCAACAGGAAUGACGCUCCCGGCACAGAAGUGUGUGCUGGAGGCAUUCAGAGCCAGCGGAGAUAACAAUAUUCUGAUUGCUACCUCGGUCGCUGAUGAAGGCAUUGACAUUGCUGAGUGCAAUCUCGUCAUUCUCUAUGAGUACGUGGGCAACGUCAUCAAGAUGAUCCAAACCAGAGGCCGAGGAAGAGCACGAGAUAGCAAGUGCUUCCUCCUGACCAGCAGCGCUGACGUGAUUGAAAAAGAAAAGGCGAACAUGAUCAAGGAAAAAAUAAUGAAUGAAUCCAUCUUAAGACUGCAGACAUGGGAUGAAAUGAAAUUUGGAAAGACGGUUCACCGCAUACAGGUGAAUGAAAAACUCCUCAGAGACAGUCAGCACAAACCACAACCUGUUCCUGACAAAGAAAACAAGAAACUGCUGUGUGGAAAGUGCAAGAAUUUUGCGUGCUACACAGCUGACAUUCGAGUGGUUGAGACGUCCCACUACACUGUCCUUGGAGACGCUUUUAAGGAGCGCUUUGUGUGUAAGCCACACCCUAAACCAAAGAUCUAUGACAAUUUUGAGAAGAAAGCAAAGAUAUUCUGCGCCAAACAGAACUGUAGCCACGACUGGGGAAUUUUUGUGAGAUACAAGACGUUCGAGAUUCCAGUCAUAAAAAUUGAAAGUUUCGUCGUGGAAGAUAUUGUGAGCGGAGUUCAGAACCGGCACUCAAAGUGGAAGGACUUUCAUUUUGAAAGGAUACAGUUCGAUCCUGCAGAAAUGUCCGUAUGACCUCAGGCUUCUCCGUCUCGUGCCGCAGGGAGCCGUGCCUUAAGCAUGGAGUUGAUGAGCCAAUGCUUUCUUACCCAAGCUUGCACAAUCCUUUCUUACACAAGCCUGCACUGUGUUGAAUGCCAGAUAACCUGACUGGUUGGUUUCAAGCUGGUGCUGUCCACACAAAGCACACACGCCUGAACUGCGGCGCCGAAUAGUUUCUUCACCAAUAACUCAUAGCGUAGCCCUUGGCCAUGGUGGGGAGGGGUUAAACUUGUCCCUUUUACACUUUUCAGAACUGCCCGACAGGGAACGUGCAGCCACUCGGUACACCGAGACGCAUGAUGGCUGGCGUGCUGGAAGGGUUCCCGUUCUCUGUCUGCUCGAUCUGCUGUAAGCUGCCUUUGCCCUUAAUGACAGUGCCCUUAAGAACAGUGACUUAGUUCUUUUUCAGGCCACCAGACUGACUGCCAGAUCCCUUCUGUCCCUUCUGUCCCUUGCACUGAUUCCUUUCCGGAUUUGACCCUGCCACCCUGUCACCCUCUGCAGAGUCUCCUGGUUUCUGUCUCUUCCUUGGUUUCUUUGCUGACUCAAAUUUGGUAGUUGCAAGGUUCAGUAUGCACACAUAUAUAUUUAAAAUGACAUAUAAUUUAAAAUGUAAAAGACUAUAGUUGACAGCUAUGCUUACUGAGAUGGUAUUUCUGUUCUGUUCAUUACUAUACAUCUUACCCUUGCUCUCAUCUGUUCUUUUAACUUGGGCCAUUUCCCGUCUUUGAAUAGACAUCUCAAACCCUGUCUGUAUGUCUGUCUGUUUCCCACCUGUUUGAGACAGGGUCUCUCUGUAGACCAGAAACUCCAUAUGUAGACUAUGCUGGCCUUGAACUCACAGAUCCCCCUGCCUCUCAAGUGUUGAAAUUAAAAUCUUUCACCAUGCCUGGCUCUAGCUAUUUUCAAUAAAGGCUCAUGUUUAAAGUUUGAACUACUUCCAAUUCAUUCCCUGACGUGGCUUGUUGUUGUUGUUUACUUUUGGAGACACUGUUCCUCUCUGUAGCCCUGGCUGUGUAGACCAGGCUGCCCUUGGUCACAGAGAUCUGCCAGCUUCUGCCUCCGGAGCACUGAGAUUGAAGGCCUGCAUCACCAUGCCUGGCUUGCCCUUUCUUCUUAAACAUUAUAUAUUCAAAUGGCAUUUCCGUGUUUCUUCUCAAGGUGUGCCAGUGCUUCAGAGAGCUUAGUUUGGGGUUCUUCAGAUCAAGAGACAAGUGUCUGAGCGCUGUUACUGCCAACAGAGCAAAGUACUCUUCAGUUCAGGGAAGGAACAGUGCUGGUUUUGUAGGCAGUACAGUGGUUUUAACACCUUCCUAGAACUUACUUGUAAUUCAUCAGUUGUAGACCAUCAAUGGCCUAAACCAAACUGCAGAGAUCAUCUGACCACAUAACUCCCCUUCCAGGACAUUUACAUUUGAAGACUAUCCCAAGCCCACCCAGAGCACAGUGGGUUACCCAAACUCCCCAGGUCAACCCUGGAGGUCAACAGUAUGACAUGGGAUAGCACACCACUUCUCACAGAUGCCUAGAGAAAUUACCCAGCAACAUAACUCUUUGGGGAAAAAACACCUAUAGGGAUUAGGCUUUUAAUUGAUAGAAUAGGUAGAAAAAAAGAUAUGUAGUAGUUCUUGAUAGUGGUUACUGGUAAAAUUCUUAGUGCAAUAAAAUGAAUUUGCCGAGAGCUGACUUUCUUUUUUUUCUUGUUUUUUUGAGACAGGGUUUCUCUGUAUAGCUUUGGCUGUCCUGGAAUGCACUCUGUAGUCCAGGCUGGCCUUCGAACUCAGAAAUCCGCCUUCCUCUGCCUCCCAAGUGUUGGGAUUAAAGGCGUGCGCCACCACGCCUGGCUGAGAGCUGACUUUCAUUUAUGUCUUUUAGUCUAUGUUGCCUUUCUUUGCUGCUACAGUUUAAGAACUCUACAGCUUGUAUAAGAUACCUACUGGAAAUUAUUUGAGAAAAAAAACUUGUAAACAUUACAAUAAUUUAAUUAAUUAAAAAUUUAUGUAUUU